CUCCUUUUCUACACAGACCUGCUGAGGACAGAAGAGAGCUGCACACUGAUGAAGUUCAUGGCUGAAAGUUCAGUAAGUUUUUCUGUGUUAAAGAGGAGCUGAGCAGGAGAGAUGACAUGUUAAAACAUGUUCCCUUGUGUGCUUCCAGUCUUCACUGUAAAAACAACUCAAGUCUAAAUUAAAGUCUAAAGUGUUUCCUCUCCAGGUGAAGGUGUGGACUCUGCUAUGAGUCAGUGUGAGGACAGAGAGGAGGGAGUCCCUCCCUCUAAAGCCACUCUGUGUGGGGAACAUGACAGUCAGACCAAAGCUCAGAGCCCAGAGAAGCAGCACAGACCUGGACCUGAACCUGGACCUGGACCUGGACCUGGACAUAUCCCUGGACCAAGCUGUGUGUCCUUGAAGAGUGACGAGUCUAUGGGUGAACCUCUAGUCUUCAAAGAUGGACGCCACUCUGUUGAUCAAAGGAGGAAUCUGGAAGAACCUGAACCCAGCUGUGUGACCAUGAAGAGUGAUGAGUCUAUGGGUGAACCUCUAGUCUUCAAAGAUGGAAGCCACUCUUUUGACCAAAGAGUGGACCAGGAGAGCUCAGAGGUUCCCAGUGGUCUGUCUGCCCAGCAGCAUCAAACACACCUGGACUCCAUAUUUAUGCUGCUGGAGAAGGACAUCAUCGCUUUUGUGAAGAACGAGCUGAAGAAGAUCCAGAAGGUUCUGAGUCCAGAUUACCAAGAAUGCUCAGAGAGUCAGAGGGAGGAUGAGGAGGUGUUGGACGAUGAGGAUGAAGAGCAGAGGAGGAGUAGCAGAGAGGCAUUUCUGAAGAUCACACUGCACUUCCUGAGGAGAAUGAAGCAGGAGGAGCUGGCUGACCGUCUGCAGAGCAUAAAUCCUGCUGCAGGUGGUAAACGUAAACUCAAAUCUAAGCUGCAGAAGAAGUUCCAGUGUGUGUUUGAGGGGAUUGCUAAAGCAGGAAACCCAACCCUUCUGAAUGAGAUGUUCACAGAGAUCUACAUCACAAAGGGAGGGACUGCAGGGGUCAAUGAUGAACAUGAGGUCAGACAGAUUGAAACAGCAUCCAGGAAACCAGACAGACCAGAAACAACAAUCAGACAAGAAGACAUCUUCAAACCCCCACCUGGAAGAGAUGAACCAAUCAGAACAGUGAUGACAAAGGGAGUGGCUGGCAUCGGGAAAACAGUCUUAACACAGAAGUUCACUCUGGACUGGGCUGAAGACAAAGCCAACCAGGACAUCCAGUUCACAUUUCCAUUCACUUUCAGAGAGCUGAAUGUGCUGAAAGAGGAAAAGUACAGCUUGGUGGAACUUGUUGAUCGCUUCUUUAGUGAAACCAAAGAAGCAGGAAUCAGCAGGUUUGAAGAGGUUGUGUUCAUCUUUGACGGUCUGGAUGAGUAUCGACUUCCUCUGGACUUCCACAACACUAAGAUCCUGACUGAUGUUACAGAGUCCACCUCAGUGGAUGUGCUGCUGACAAACCUCAUCAGGGGGAAACUGCUUCCCUCUGCUCGUCUCUGGAUAACCACACGACCUGCAGCAGCCAAUCAGAUCCCUCCUGAGUGUGUUGACAUGGUAACAGAGGUCAGAGGGUUCACUGACCAACAGAAGGAGGAGUACUUCAGAAAGAGAUUCAGAGAUGAGGAGCAGGCCAGCAGAAUCAUCUCCCACAUCAGGACAUCACGAAGCCUCCACAUCAUGUGCCACAUCCCAAUCUUCUGCUGGAUCACUGCUACAGUUCUGGAGGACGUGUUGAAGACCAGAGAGGGAGGAGAGCUGCCCAAGACCCUGACUGAGAUGUACAUCCACUUCCUGGUGGUUCAGUCCAAAGUGAAGAACAUCAAGUAUGACGGAGGAGCUGAGACAGAUCCACACUGGAGUCCAGAGAGCAGGAAGAUGAUCGAGUCUCUGGGAAAACUGGCUUUUGAGCAGCUGCAGAAAGGCAACUUGAUCUUCUAUGAAUCAGACCUGACAGAGUGUGGGAUCGAUAUCACAGCAGCCUCAAAGUACUCAGGAGUGUUCACACAGAUCUUUAAAGAGGAGAGAGGACUGUACCAGGACAAGGUGUUCUGCUUCGUCCAUCUGAGUGUUCAGGAGUUUCUGGCUGCUCUUCAUGUCCAUCUGACAUUCACCAACUCUGGAGUCAACCUGCUGUCAGAAGAACAAACAACCAUCCAGUGGUCUGAAGUGUUCAGAGACAAAUCAACAUGUUUUUACCAGAGUGCUGUGGACAAGGCCUUACAGAGUCCAAAUGGACACCUGGACUUGUUCCUCCGCUUCCUCCUGGGUCUUUCACUGCAGACCAAUCAGACUCUCCUACGAGGUCUGCUAACACAGACAGAAAGUUGCUCACAGACCAAUCAGAAAACAGUUGAGUACAUCAAGAAAAAGAUCAGUGAGAAUCUGUCUGCAGAGAGAAGCAUCAAUCUGUUCCACUGUCUGAAUGAACUGAAUGAUCGUUCUCUAGUGGAGCAGAUCCAAAAGUCCCUGAGUACAGGAAGUCUCUCAAUAGAUAAACUGUCUCCUGCUCAGUGGUCAGCUCUGGUCUUCAUCUUACUGUCAUCAGAAAAAGAUCUGGACGUGUUUGACCUGAAGAAAUACUCUGCUUCAGAGGAGGCUCUUCUGAGGCUGCUGCCAGUGGUCAAAGCCUCCAACAAAGCUCUACUGAGUGGCUGUAACCUGUCAGAGAGAAGCUGUGAAGCUCUGUCCUCAGUUCUCAGCUCCCAGUCCUCUAGUCUGAGAGAGCUGGACCUGAGCAACAACGAGCUGCAGGAUUCAGGAGUGAAGCUGCUGUCGGCUGGACUGAAGAGUCCACACUGCAGACUGGAAACUCUUAGUCUUUCAGGCUGUCUGGUCUCAGAGGAAGGCUCUACUUCUAUAGCCUCAGCGCUGUUCUCCAACCCCUCCCAUCUGAGAGUGCUGGACCUGAGCUACAAUAAUCCAGGAGACUCAGGAGUGAAGCUACUGUCAGCUGGACUUAAGGAUCCAAACUGGAGACUGGACACUCUCAGGACGGACCAUGGUGGACUGCAGUGGUUGAGACCUGGUCUGAGGAAGUAUGUCUGUGAACUGGAACUGGACACAAACACACUAUACAAAAACCUCAAACUGUCUGACAACAACAGGAAGGUGACAUAUGUUGGAGAGGAUCAGUCAUAUCCUGAUCAUCCAGACAGAUUUGACUCCUGGGAACAGCUGCUGUGUAGAAAUGGUCUGACUGGUCGCUGUUACUGGGAGGUCGAGAUUAGAGGAUGGGUUCAUAUAUCAGUGAGUUACAGAGGAAUCAGAAGGAGAGGAGACAGUGAAGACUGUGGGUUUGGAUGGAACGAUCAGUCCUGGAGUCUGAGGUGCUCUGAUGGUGAUAAUUACUCUGUCUGGCACAAUAACAGAAGAACAGCCCUCACUCCCUCUUCUGUCUCUAACAGAGUAGCAGUGUAUGUGGACUGUCCUGCUGGCUCUCUGUCCUUCUACACAGUCUCCUCUGACUCACUGAGCCACCUCCACACCUUCAACACCACAUUCACUCAACCUCUUUAUCCUGGGUUUAGGGUCCCCUUUGGUUCCUCAGUGUCUCUGUGUCCUCUGCAGGACUGAGAGUCUCUCCUGUGGACAGAAACAGAUGCAAAAGAUCAGAUGCUGAAAUUAAAGUUCAGUCUGUUCACCAUCACACACACUACAGACCAAACAUGAAUAAUUUGUGCCAAUAAAUCACAUUGAUAAAAUGACUUUUGUUUAAUGCAAUCAAUAGAUUCUCUCAGACAUCAAUCUCUGUUCAUACACUCAACAAUGUGGGUAUCGAUCCAUUAGAUCUCGCAGCAUAGUGUCCUCUUUGACAAACAAAAAAAUGAUUAUAAAGACAACAUCUGGGGAAGUACAGCAGUUAAACUGUCUGUCUGCACUUUAUGAAUUACUUUUUUACUUGUACUUC